GUCAAAAUACCUGUCAUUAAGGUUAUCAGUAAUAAUUGAUACCUACAAUAAAAGGUAUUGUAGUUAAGUCAUAUUAGAGUUAUUGUUUUAUCUGGUUAAUUCAUCGUAAAAUGUAUACUAGGUUACAUCUUACAAAUAAAAGUUUAGCAGUGCUAAUCCUGUUUCUUCUUUACAAUGCCAUAGUAUACAGGAAUUGCAGAACAAGAACAAAUUUAAAUUUGAAUUUACAAUUGGGCCGUUGGGACGUACAACACAAAUAUAAAUUGUUUGACAAUAUUUUAAUAGGUGAUAAGUAUGUAUUACUGAAUUAUCAAUACAAAACUUGUUUGGCCACUCAAGGUUCUAUAGAAAGGCUGUAUUCUCUAAUAGAGAUGUCCGAACAUUGGAGCGGUCCUAUAUCCUUGGCUACAUUCGCUGAUAGUGAGGAAACCUUAAACUCGCUAUUGUUAUAUAUUUUUUAUCUUAGAAACUGUCACAAACAAAUUAAAGAAAAAGUUAAUUUCCAUUUGAUUCUGGCUAAGAAGAAAAUUCCACAAAAGUAUAGUAUACAUUUAGAAAAAUUAGGUUACUUACAUUGUGGUAAUUCUACAGAAGCUUUAAAAAUAAUACGUAGGAAUUUUGCGAACACGUCUACUAUCUUCAAAUCCAAGCAGCUUUACCCUCAAAAUCAUCUUAGAAACUUAGCGAGAAAAAACUGCCAAUCUGACUACGUGUUUUUGACAGACAUCGAUAUAAUACCUUGCAAGGGCAUGUCUGAAGAUUUAAAUACAUUUCUAGCUAAAGAAAGGUGCCAAGGAAAAUGUGCUUACGUAGUGGCAGCUUACGAAUUAGAUGACAAAGUGACUUUUCCUCAAAAUAAGAGCGUUUUGGUGAAAAUGGCAAAGAAAGGCUUGGCGAGACCAUUUCAUCAAAAGGUUUAUAGUUUAAACCAGAAAGCGACAGAUUUUAAGAGAUGGCAAAACACUAAAGAUAAGUCAACAAAGGUGCAAGUGAGCCACCAAGUCAAUAGGAAGUUUUUACGUUUUUAUGAACCAUUUUAUAUAGCUUCAGAUGUAGUACCUCAACAUGACGAGAGGUUUAUAGGUUAUGGGUACACUCGAAAUUCACAGGUGCACGAGAUGGUAGCAGCUGGUUACAAAUUUUUGGUCCUUUCUCCGAUAUUUAUCUGCCAUUGGGGUCUUCAAAAUUUUAGUUCUAGACCACGAUGGAGGGAGAUUGAAACUAAAAUGAAUGAACAGAAGUGGCGUAAAUUCGUCAAAGAAAUUUCAGUAAAAUAUCCUAUUAAAAAAAAGAAGGGGAAUUAAAUCGGAUAUUUUUUCACAAUUCAUUAUAUUAUAGAUAUGUAAUAUUAUAGGCAAAU